CCUGUCAAACAUGGCGCUUUCCUGCUCGAGUCUGUGCAGCCGGUUGUCUUUGACCCGACUAAGUGGUCUGAGCACAAACAGAAUAACACAUGGCCUUCAUCUUCAAGACGUAUCCUGCCAGUCCAGGUUAGUUUUGUGCAGACAUUUUACUUCUUCUAAAGUCAGACGAGGUAUUGGACGAUAUGUUUCCUCCAGAAUCCAGUGGGCAAAUGCCAAAUAUGAAGACUUUCUUAAAAGACGAUUUCCUCGAUUUUUCCUGCUUUAUCACACCUUUAAAGUAGGAUUCAGGAUGCUGUUCCAGGAUGCCAGAGAUGUGAAGAGGAUAAAAACCAAAAUGCUGGCGGAAGGAGUGAAGUUCCACGAUUUACACUACAGGGAGAUGGAAAAACUCAGACAGUUUCGCAGAGACCUAAUAAAGGCCAUCCCACUUGUGAUUAUUACCAUUCCUCCUUUUGCAAACUACCUGAUUUUCUUCCUAAUGUACUUUUUCCCUCGUCAGCUGCUGAUUCCUCACUUCUGGACUCCCCGGCAGCAGCUGGAGUUUCGGAAAGUGUAUCAUUCCCACAGGACUCGGUACCACCAACCGGUUCUCAAAGAGCUGGAGGAUGUGAGCCAUCAGGUCAAAAACGGUCACCUGCAAAGUCUUCUGAAGAACCUCUGCACUAAGGUGCAACGCGGCGGAAACCCGAAUGUCUCUGAAAUCCUGGCUGUCAGAAGUCUGUUCUCCAAAGCUCCUCUGGCCAUGAACACAAUGAGCAACAAUCAGAUAAGACACAUCAGCCCCCUCCUCUUCCUGACGCCCCGUCUCCCAGGCUUCCUGAUUGGUCGACGUCUGAACAGCCAUGCUGUGGAGCUGUUCCAGCUGGACCGAGCCCUGAGCCAAAUGGGCCCUCACCAGCUCAGUGAGUGGGAACUCAAACAGGCUUGUUAUGUGAGAGGGAUGAACGCUGACAGUCUUGGUACCAGUCAGUCUCGUGAGUGGUUGUCCCAGUGGCUUCAGGUGUCAUCUGCUUUAAAAGAGUCAGAGCUGUCACUUCUGUUGCACUGCAUGGUGCUCAUGUCUGCAAACUACCCCAGCGCUGCGAGCCGUCACUGACAGGAAGCCUGCUUCUGUGAUUAUAGUUACUUUUGUGUUGCAAUGCACACAAGAGUGUCAACAUCUUCUUACUGCAAAGGAAAAAAAAGAAAUGUAGAACAUUUCCUGGUGAGAUUGGGUUCAAAAGAAAAACCCACGCUGGACAGUGAUGCUAAUUUGCUCUGUGACAAUUUAAUAUGGAAACAUGACGUCAGUGUCUUUACCAGAGACAACAGGUGUUUCUAUUUGCAGUUCUGAUCCUUGGUGGGGAAGUUUAAUUUCCUAUGAAGCGCUUAUCUGCUGUGCCAUGCAAAAGUAUUCACACUCUUUCAUUUUUCUACGUUUCUUCACUUUAAAACCACAAUUUCAUGUGAAAGACCAACACAAAAUGGGAUCAGACUGUUUUUAUUUCUUAAAACUAAAAUCCUUCAAGAUCGAACAGAAUUGGGACUUUAACUAGGUGAUUUUGUUGGGUCAUUAUCCGACUGGAAGGCGAGUCCAGACCCCAGUCUAAUUCUGACCCAGCUGAGUAAAGCGACUCCCACAGCAUGUUGCUGCCAUUAUGUUUCAUCCUGUCCUUGGUGUGUUCAUAUUUUGCAUGUUAGGGUUAGGGCUCUGGCUUGAACUGGAUUUUAUUUAGGGGAAUCACAGUAAAAAGGCUAAAAACAUGUAUGCCAUGUUCACUUUUCAGAUUGUUAAAAGAACUUUGUAUUUUGAACUUGGUAUCAUUUUACUCCCACUUCAUAAUUACGCACGGCUUUGUGCUGGUAUAUCAUUGAGUACAAAAAGGUUCAAGGGGUGUGAAUACUUUUCAAAUGCUUGUAUAAAAACUUGUGGUAAAAUGUUUAUUGUUCCUGUUUUUCAGGUUAUUACUGCUUUAAGACAUGCUGAGCUUCUGCUUUUGUCUGAGUUUGCACCUACAUUUGGACAAAAUGCAAGUUGGGGAAACAAAGAUAAUUCUACUUGAGAAAAAAAAAUUAAUGAAAAAUUCAGAUGUAAAUCAGAAGUAAUAAAUGUAAGGAGAACUUUAUUCAGAAUUUAUGGAUAUGUCAUCAGACAUGCUGUAUUUUCUCUUGCUGUUACCUCAUUUUAUGCUUUACUUUUAUUUUCCAACUUUCUGGUCAUGACAAAGUUGUUCAAAAGACUAAAAUUAGCUUUUAUUUUGAGACAAAAUACAGAAAUUGGGGGAUGAAGCCCAGGUGUAGACUGUCAACAGUAAAGUAAACUUUACUGUUUACUUUUUGAACCCAUCAUUUUGUUCAUGUGGAGAUUUAAAUUCAUGUAUUUUAGCAUAAAGUUUCAUCCAAUCUUUUCAAAUACCUACUGAAAGUACAAAGGAGUACAACAUAACUGGAGUUGUAAAGUCCAUCAUUAUUCUUUCUGUGCCUUUUGUAAGUUUUGGCACUCAGCAUCUGAAACAUGAAUCUUUUUGUAAUUAUAUACUAUUUACUCAAGUUUUGAGUGUUUUUUUGUGCCAAUAUUGCAUGUCAUUGUUGUCAUUGUUUUUUGUUUUUGCAAUAAAUAUAUUGAUGCUG